CCCCCACCUAGCAGGCGAAUGGGCCGACGCACGCGCUCUGCGGUGCCCACGUCGUCGACGCGCACGCCGUGCGACAUCUGCGCGGUCCACGCCGACGGCGGCGUUGACGCGCGCGCGCGCCGUGCGACGCCCCACCCCUCCGCAGGAGGCGGCCCUCCGGGAGAUGGAGGCCAUCACGCCUGCUGACGGCUUCCUCUCGCCGGCGAGCGCGCAGAUGCACGCGUACAUCUGCCACAUGUGCCGCAAGAAGUUUGCGUGUUUGGACCUCAUCCCGGCGCACUGCGUGUCCAAGGUCCACGCGAAGAGGCGGGAGCAAGGGUACCGGUUCGAGGAGUGGGUGGUGUACAAUCUGGACUGCGGCUUCUACGAGGAGGCGGUGGAACUGGCGCGGCCGCAGCUGGCGCCGCAGGCGCAGCUGGGGCCCGGGCCGCCCCCACCCUUGCCGCACGACCCGCGGCGGGAGCUGCCGCCCGCGCAGCGGGAGCAGCUGCCGCACCCGCAGCCGAGUCAGCUGCCCCUGCAGCCGGCGCCCCCGCCGCCGGCUCGCGCGCAGCAGGGCCCAGCUGGCUGCGUUGCGGCCCAGGCGGAGGCGCCCUUGCCCCCGUGGGGCCAGGGACUGCGGGAGGAGGAGCACGAGGUGUGACGCCGCGAGGGGUGCUCGGAACAUUAAUUUACCGAAGUCCAACGCAGUGCAAGUAGGACGCGCCACCUAGAGGUCACACCGAAAAGAGCCAGGCGCAGCUGCAGCUAGUGGUGCAUCCCAGAGGCAUGGGCUC